AAAGUGUUAACUGGAAGACGCAUUCUAUCAUCACUUUCAGUCGCUCACUCGGAUCCUAUCUACCACAGCAUAUCUCCUAUUCUGUAAAACUCAGAGACAUGGAGUACUCCGGCAAUGAAUUUGACGUGAUAGUUGUGGGCGCUGGCAUCAUGGGCAGCUCCACUGCCUAUCAACUAGCAAAAAGAGGUCAAAAAACUCUUCUAUUAGAGCAGUUUGACUUCCUGCACCACCGGGGAUCAUCCCACGGCGAGUCGCGAACGAUAAGAGCGACUUACCCGGAGGAUUACUACUCCGCCAUGGCCAUCCAUUCCUCUCGUCUUUGGGAAGAAGCCCAGUCUGAAAUCGGCUACAGAGUUUAUUUCAAGGCCGAGCAGUUCGAUUUGGGUCCAUCGGAUAAUAAGGCUAUCCUUUCUGUCGUCUCCGGAUGCCAGAAAAACUCUCUUCCCCAUCAGGUUCUUGACCGCCAACAAGUGAGAGAGAAAUUUUCCGGUAGGAUUAACAUGCCGGAGAAUUGGAUAGGAAUAUGUAGUGAGCUUGGCGGGGUAAUAAAACCGACGAAGGCAGUGUCUAUGUUCCAGACGCUGGCUCUUAGAUAUGGUGCUACUUUAAGGGACAACACGGAAGUCAAGAACGUAGUGAAAGAUGAGGUCAAGGGAGGAAUGUGGGUUUUAACUGGAAAUGGUAAAUUUUGGUGCAAGAAGUGUGUGAUCACCGCCGGAGCUUGGAUAAACAAGAUAGUGAAAACGGUGUCGGGGCUCCAUUUGCCAAUUCAAGCCCUGGAGACAACAAUAUGUUAUUGGCGGAUCAAGGAAGGUCAUGAAGAUGAUUUUGCAAUAGGAGGCGAUUUUCCUACUUUUGCUAGCUACGGCCAGCCGUACAUAUACGGAACGCCGUCGUUGGAGUUUCCGGGUCUGAUUAAGGUAGCUGUGCACGGGGGAUACCCAUGUGAUCCGGAUAAAAGGCCGUGGGGCCCCGGUAUGUCGUUGGGUUAUUUGAAGGAAUGGAUAGAGAGGACAUUCUCAGGGCUUGUUGAUUCCUGCGGGCCAGUUGCUACUCAGUUGUGCAUGUAUUCUAUGACACCAGAUGAAGAUUAUGUAAUAGAUUUUCUGGGAGGGGAGUUUGGGAAGGAUGUGGUGGUUGGUGGUGGGUUUUCGGGUCAUGGAUUUAAGAUGGCCCCAGUUAUCGGAAAGAUGUUAGCGGACAUGGCCAUCUUCGGAGAGACAAAAGAAGCGGACAUAAAGAACUUCAGGAUACAAAGAUUUCAAGACAAUCCUAGAGGAAAUGUCAAGGACUUCGACGACCAAGUUGGCUUUUGCUCUGAUAACAACUAGAUUUAUUUUAAUUGCAUGUUCUCCUUAACAAGUUGGCAAGCAUUUGAAAACUACAUAAGCUAAAACUCAGAUUAUCCUUUCUGCCAAUUUCCAUUAAUUGUUUAUUCAAAAUCACAGUAUACUUUGAAGUACAAAAUUUAUUCUGUCUUCA